AUGCCGAGCGGAGCCCGUUCUCGAAAGCGUGCUGGCCCCAAAAGUGCAUCAGACGAACGAAGCGCUGCAGAAGAGCGGCAGCCAAGCUCCAGAAGAAUUGCCACUGCAUUGGGAGUUGCAGCUGUCGUGGCAGUAGCUGGCUUGGCAGGCAAGCAGCUUUUUCAUACUUCGACGGAGAGUGGCCGCAGCUUCAGUGGCGAUCCCAAGAUUUACGGCUUCGAUGUGGUCGAGACUUAUCCACAUGAUCCGGAGGCCUUUACGCAGGGUCUUUUGUGGGCUAACGGAUCACUCUACGAGUCGACCGGGCUGUAUGGGCGCUCAUCUAUUCGAGAGUUUCAGCUGGGACCCGGAGGUGAGGUUCGCUUGAUCCGGAAGCUGGAAUUGGAUGGCCGAGACUUUGGAGAAGGGCUUGUCCAGAGGAGGGGUCAGCUGCUCCAGUUACUUUGGCGACGAGGUGAAGGCAUUCGUUAUCGGGCUCGUGCAGGAGAAGGUGGCCAACUGAAAAAGGCUGGCAAAUUCCGAACUCCUUUGAAUGACGGCUGGGGGAUCGAAGCACACGAAAACCAGCUGAUCCUGACAGACAGUGGCCAUGAAUUGAUUACGCUCGACGAGAACUUUGAGGUUGUCAGAAGAGUGCCGGUCAACGAUGCCGGCGCCUUCGUUGAGAUGGUCAACGAGCUCGAGAUGGUAGGUGAAGAGCUCUGGGCUAAUGUGUACGGAACAGAAUGUCUUGCACGCAUCGACACGGAGUCUGGAUCCGUAACUGGCUGGGUGCUGCUGCAUGGGCUGCUGGAGAAGGAGCGUGCGAAUUGGCGCGCUGGCGAUGCCGGGUCCGAGGCACCAGAUGUUCUGAAUGGCAUUGCAUGGGACGCAGCCAGCAAGCGCCUCUUUGUUACUGGCAAGCUGUGGUCGCAGUUGUACGAGAUUCAAGUGAAGCCCUCGCAGGUGAGCGUAGAGCAAGCCAGGCGCUUUUGCAUACCCAAAUCGAACCUAUUCCGGCGCUGA